ACUACCUUUCCCAGAAGAGCCGGCGGUGAGGCGGAUUGCCGCGCAUGGCUGUUGGCGCCCUUUCCCCUCCCCUGCAGUUACGGUUACCGAGUUCAGUGUCCUGGGCUGGCUGGUCCGCAAGGAGCGGGCAUGGGGCAGCUGGGCGGGACGGAGCCUCGGGGUGCAGUUUAAACAAUCCAUAGAAGAGAGAGAACACUUUUCAUUGCUAUAUAAGAAGACUAGUGCAUGGGUGUUGUGCCAAUCUUCAGCUAUGGCUCACCUGAGGGAAUUUGCCAAUCAGCACUCCAGGGUUGAUCCAGAGGAACUCUUCACUAAGCUAGAGAGGAUUGGCAAAGGGUCCUUUGGAGAGGUUUACAAAGGAAUCGACAACCGCUCUAAGGAGGUGGUAGCUAUCAAGAUCAUUGACCUUGAGGAGGCUGAGGAUGAGAUUGAAGACAUCCAGCAGGAGAUCACAGUGCUCAGUCAGUGUGACAGCCCCUACAUCACCCGUUAUUAUGGUUCUUACUUGAAGGGCACAAAACUCUGGAUAAUCAUGGAAUACUUGGGAGGUGGCUCAGCAUUGGAUCUACUGAAGCCUGGCCCCUUGGAGGAGACCUACAUUGCCACCAUCCUGCGAGAAAUUCUAAAGGGUUUGGACUAUCUUCAUUCUGAAAGGAAAAUCCACAGAGAUAUCAAAGCUGCCAAUGUGCUACUUUCAGAACAAGGAGAUGUAAAACUAGCUGACUUUGGUGUUGCUGGCCAACUGACAGACACUCAAAUAAAGAGAAACACCUUUGUUGGGACUCCUUUUUGGAUGGCACCCGAAGUCAUCAAACAGUCAGCCUAUGAUUUCAAGGCUGAUAUUUGGUCCCUUGGUAUAACUGCAAUUGAACUGGCAAAAGGAGAGCCUCCGAAUUCUGAUCUGCAUCCUAUGAGAGUUCUCUUUCUGAUUCCCAAGAAUAACCCUCCAACACUAGAGGGACACCACAGUAAACCCUUUAAGGAAUUUGUGGAAGCCUGCCUAAACAAGGACCCUAGAUUUAGGCCUACUGCGAAAGAAUUGCUAAAGCACAAAUUUAUUACACGCUACACCAAGAAAACAUCAUUUCUCAUGGAACUCAUUGAUCGGUACAAACGCUGGAAGUCAGAGGGACAUGGGGAAGAUUCCAGCUCAGAUGACUCAGACAUUGAUGGAGAUGCUGAUGAGAGGGAUCAAGGACCCAUGUGGACCUUCCCACCAACGAUCCGCCCAAAUUCCUUGAACAAGCUGCACAAAGGGAUACCCCAUAAUGGGUCCCAAAAGCCUGCUGAGCCUAUAAAGCGGCAACCACGGUCACAGUCUCUCUCUACUCUUGUACGUCCCGUCUUUGGAGAGCUUAAAGACAAGCACAAGCAGACUGGAGGUAAUGUAGGAGCCAUGGAGGAACUGGAGAAUGCCUUUGGUUUAGCCGAGGAGUCUUGUCCAGGAAUCUCUGACAAAUUAAUUGCACACAUGGUGGAGCGAGUGCAAAGGUUCUCACAUAGCAAGAACCAUUUGACUUCAGCCCGCUGAAGAGUCUGCUCUUUGUUACUCAUUGAAGGAAGGGUGAUUCCUCCUCAGCUCCAUAAAGAACUGUGUCUUGAAUCCAUCACCAUCUCUGCGUUGGAUGUUUAACAUUGUGCUAUGGAUUCCCAGACAUUUUACAGCCUUUGUGUGUGUGUUUUCAUGACCAUCCAGGAUUGGAUUUGCAACACAAGUGAUCAUGGACUAUUUGCAGAGCCCUAGAGGGGCAAUUUCUACAGUAUAUUUCAUGGAAGUUUUUAAUUAUAUCCAAUUUUUCUCAGGUCAGACCUUGUUCCAACACAAAAUCCUGACUGCUGGAAAAUGGAAAUUCAUAGACAAACACAUUCCAUAAAGGAAAUGGGACUGUGGCAGUUCCCUGGUCCAGCCAUUGGUAAAGUAUAUGUGAGAAUAUCGUUUAGUAAGGAAGGACUCUCAUCACCCAGUUAAAGGGGCACAGAUAUGCUAGUGCUACUCAAGAGAAUGUUAAGUCCCUUUUCAGCUAAGAGAUCAGGAGGACUGGGUUUGCAGUUGCUGAGACAGGUAAAGUUUGCCUUCUCUUUCUUCUGUCUACCUGUCCUUUUUUGACAGGACAGGUUUGACUGCUGCUGAGCUCUUCGCUAGCAAUAGCUUGGAGAAGAUGCACUCCCAAAUCCACCAAGGCCUUUUGCUGCUACUUAGCAUCCUGAAUAUAGAUGCUCAGUAUUACGCUUAUGUUCCUAUCCAAGUCAAAUAUUUUGGCAGAGUAUUGUGCAAUUGUUUUUUUUAAAGGAAAGAAGCUACAUUCUUAAGCGUUUUGCAGCAUAGAGAGGGAAGUUCUGCCCAAAGUAUUCAACUUUGUAGAUGUCUGCUAUUUUGUGAAAUUAGGUUUUCAGUUAAAUGGAAGAACAUGUGUGGUGCCAGAAGUUGGAGAAUCUAGGUGACACUGUUAAACACAUCCCAUAUUUCUCCUUAAUGGAUUGUUCCAUUUUAUACUUGAACAGUAUUGUUAUCUGAGUUGCUAAUGACCAUUAUCUCUGGUUCUACUUGAGCAUUAAUACCUUCAACUUGGGAAAUUUCAACUUGCCCUUCCUCCUCAGGAGCAAUGUAGCAGAUUGGAAUGCUGGAUAUACUCACUGCAAAGGGUCCAUUCUAGGAAGGUGGAGAGGAAGAAUCCACAGUGGGGUUUCUGCCCCUCACUGCCAAACAGAUUUGUAUUCUUCCUCUGCACAACCAAGAGAAUCAGAGCAGUAACAUACACUGAACACUGCUAUUUUGAAACAUCUUUUCCAGAAUCUAUAGAGCAAUUUUGUCAUUGAAAGUUGUCCUCCCCAGGUAUUAUUUAACAGGUAUUGGGUGGAUGCAGGGAGGAAUGUUCUACACCUUCUGUACAAACUGUUACAGAAAAACUAAUGGAGUAUGCACUGUAUUGGUAUAUAUACAUUAUAUUGGAGAAGUAUCUUAACAGUUGCAGCUGCUCCUGCUAUCUGGUUCAUGGCUGAGUACAAAACAUAGGUAGAAAGAUGAAUUAUUCUUUUCCUAACCCACAACUGUUCACAACAUAGGUGGGAACCUUGUAGAAAAGGAAAACAGGAAACUGCUAUUUUGUUAAGGUCAUUGAAAAAGACCUUAUUCAACUCUGACUGUCAGCUAAAGGCUCUCAGAAGUAUCUCUCCAGUAUUCAAAGCAGCAAUGGCUUAAUUUUUCAAAUGAGUAAUGAGAGGGAUCUGCCACUUCUAAUAAAAUUAAGUUGUCAAGUUAAAAGCUAA